AGCGUGUUGUUGCAGCGUCAUUCUGUUUGAAUGAAGUUCAGACUGGCCAACUCUUGACUCUCGUCCGGUGGAUUAAAACAAGAAACAAGAGUUGAGGAAGUAGAAGCUUGAUAACCAUGCCGGUGUUUUCAGUAAAUGUGAAAUGGGGCAAAGAAAAGUUUGAUGCAGUCGAGCUGAACACAGAGGAGCCACCCAUGGUGUUCAAAGCUCAGCUCUUUGCCCUGACAGGAGUUCAGCCAGACAGACAGAAGGUUAUGGUGAAGGGAGGCACUCUGAAGGAUGAUGAGUGGGGAAACAUUAAACUGAAGAAUGGAAUGACUCUGCUGAUGAUGGGCUCAGCAGAGGCCCUGCCUGAGGAGCCUUCUGACCGGCCUAUGUUUGCAGAGGAUAUGACUGAGGAGCAGCUGGCCUCAGCGAUGGAACUGCCCUGUGGCUUGACAAACUUGGGCAACACCUGUUAUAUGAAUGCCACAGUGCAGUGUUUGCGCUCUGUGCCAGAGCUCAAAACUGCCCUCAGAAGGUAUUCAGGUUCUCUGCGAUCCUCAGGGGCCAAUGCACCAUCACAGUAUAUCACAGCAGCACUUCGUGACUUGUAUGAGACCAUGGACAAGACCUCGUCCAGCCUCCCACCCAUUAUUCUGCUGCAGUUCCUUCAUAUGGCCUUCCCACAGUUUGCUGAGAAGGGGGAUCAGGGCCAGUACCUCCAGCAGGAUGCGAAUGAGUGUUGGCUGCAGAUGAUGAGAGUGCUUCAGCAAAAGUUGGAGCCACUAGAGCCAGAGACUCCCAUGGAGACUGAGAGUGAGAGUGGAGCCGCAUCUGCCUCUUCAAAGAAGAACUUUAUCGACCAGUAUUUUGGCGUAGAAUUUGAAACUUCCAUGAAAUGCACAGAGUCUGAGGAAGAGGAGCCUAUUAAGGGCAAGGAGAAUCAGCUCCAGCUCAGUUGCUUCAUCAAUCCAGAGGUCAAGUACCUUGCAACAGGACUCAGGCUGAGAUUACAGGAAGAAAUCACAAAAAUGUCUCCAACCUUGGACAGAAAUGCCCUGUAUAUAAAAUCUUCAAAACUCAGCCGUCUUCCUGCUUACUUAACUGUUCAAAUGGUGCGAUUUUACUACAAAGAGAAGGCGUCUGUGAAUGCGAAAGUCCUUAAGGACGUCAAGUUCCCACUCAUGCUGGAUGUCUAUGAGCUGUGCACCUCCGAGGUCCAGGAGAAGAUGCUGCCAAUCAGGUCAAAGUUUAAGGAGGUCGAGGAUAAGAAGCUGGAGAAACAGCAGCAAAAGCAGUUGGUGAAGAAACCAGAUGCAGGAAAAGAAGUGAAAUAUGAGCCCUUCUCAUUCUCUGACGAUAUUGGCUCCAACAACAGUGGCUACUAUGACCUGCAGGGUGUGCUGACACACCAGGGCCGCUCCAGCUCAUCAGGUCACUAUGUGGGAUGGGUCAAAAGGAAAGAAGGUGAGUGGGUGAAGUUUGACGAUGACAAGGUGAGUCUGGUGUCUCCAGAGGACAUCCUGCGACUUUCUGGUGGUGGAGACUGGCAUAUAGCAUAUGUUCUACUAUACGGGCCUCGACGACUGGAAAUACUUGAAGAGGAUCAGUAGCUGUGGAAGACUUCAAACCAACAUCCAACACACAUUCAAAAUUGCCAUUUCCAAGCACUGUCUGCAUAGAUGUGCAAUAAAACUGGUGUCUUUAAAGAUUUGAUGAUGUUAAAUUGUUUUUGUAAUCCUGUCGCUUGUUAAAACAAAUUCUAUCAACUGGUCUUAAAUGUAUUCAACCAAAGUGAGCUCCGAAAAUGGAGAUUGGCGAGAAGCGGUCUCCGGGCUGGAUGCUUGAAAGAAGUCCAAGUCGAGCUCUGCAGUUUCGUUCAAUGUUUUAUACACAUUGUAUAUUUUUUUGAAGCCUUUGAUAAGGUGGUCAUUUAAUCAACUUGUUCAAAAAAAGAAAGAAAAAAAAAGCCUUGCCAUGCAGUUGUUGAUAUUCUGUCUUUAUCUUCUCAGAUGCAAUGUUGAGAUUUUCUCUCUUUGUAAACGCCUGCCCCUCUUCACCUGUUGGCCCUCUGAUAAACAUGUGGGUACAUUCUAGGAACUUCUCAGCGCUUAGCUUCUUUCGUCAUGGGACUUGUUUUCAAAUGUAUUGACAGAUAUUUCUGCCAAAUGUUAAUGCUCUUAUUUUUGGGUGGUGUUAAGAAUUUGACUGUGCAGUUUAGAAGUUGAGACGAUUGCUUACUCAACAAGCCUUGAGUGUAGACUGUGACGACCCAGGUGUCAUUGCAGGUUGUCAGUGAGCGGAGUUAAAGCGCCACAGCCUGGUGGUUCUGCUCUGCUUAUGGCCUCUGACCAUAGGAGUAGCAGACUUAGCCAGUUUCGCUCGUGUUCUUUCCUCGAGGCCCUUGCAAGGCUGCAUGUACACACACCUCACUCAUCCAUCCAUUCACUCACCACACUACUGACACUGAUUCUUCACUUCCUUUUCUGUUAAAAUAAAUGACUUGAAACAGGUUAAA